GUUUCGCCCAUGUUGUUCAUUCCGCCUGAAGUUCUUGAGCAGAUACUACAGUUCUGCGAUAAGCAAACACUUUGCUCAACAUCAUUAGUGGCUCAUCGCUUUCUCGACCCCAGCCAACGGCAAUUGUUCUCUGAAUUGCACUUCCGUUGGCUGCCUGUGGAAGAACAGCGACAUAUGUGUUCUAUUUUAUCGCAAUCUCCCCACCGGCUUGCCAACCACGUUCGCGUUUUCUCGUUGGGCUUGGACCCGGAGUUUUCGCUAUUGCCGCCCACUAUUCUCCAGUCCCUCACAAACCUGACUGCACUGCAUCUCAGCUGGGAGGGCCUGCUCUGGGAGGCAUCAGACACAGAUACGCAGGAAAUUGUCAAGACGGCGAUUGGUCUACCCACUUUGCGCGUCAUCUCAGUAAUUGGCCUGGGCUUCGUCGCGAUAGGGACGCUACUCUCGGUGCUCAACUCUCUGGGGCCGAAUUUGCAGAGCAUGAGCUUCAUCGCGAUGUUUCAAAAGGACUCAAUGCUCACGAAUUAUAACACAAACUCGGACCUGCAAGUUGUGCGCCGUGGCAUUUCCGCCCUCCACCUAGGUCAAAAUGUCCCUAACGGCCUUUGGUCGUGGUUACAGACCACAAUAAACUUUUCCGCUAUACAAGUACUUGGCCUUGCUUUGAACAACCGCGAAUCUGAGUGUCAAACAAUCCUCGAUGCCGCCGUGAAUAUACAAGAACUCAACAUCAACGCCCAUCGUAUGAGCAACUAUUCCAACAUCCAUUUGAAUCACGCUUCUCAGCUUGCUACCCUCACUCUUAACUGCCGAAUCGAGGACGACGGGGACGACGACGAAAAACUCGUGUUCAACCCCCUGGCGGAAUUUUGCGCUAUCGUUCGACGCACCCGCCCUUUGCACAAACUCACGUCGCUUGAACUCAUCAUCCAAUAUGCAUGUAAUAGCCCCCUGAGUCAUUUUCACCAGCCCGGGGCCGACGUGAACCGCCUGUUAGUAGAGCCCGUUUUGGUGGGUGUCAAGAGCGUCCUUGUCGUGCUGGACUGGACAUGGGGGACACCCGAGAAUCCGGCAGAUCUGUACGACAAGGAUGGGUUUCACGAAUAUUUUAGGGCGUUUAUCGAACGCGGGGGGCAAUUGCGGUUCGGAGCCUAA